ACGACUUCCUGGGCCAGGUGGAUGUGCCGCUUAGCCACCUCCCGACGGAAGACCCAACCAUGGAAAGGCCGUACACGUUUAAGGAUUUCCUUCUCCGACCGAGAAGCCACAAGUCGCGUGUGAAGGGUUUCUUGAGGCUGAAGAUGGCUUAUAUGCCCAAAAACGGCGGCCAAGAGGAAGACGGCAGCGACCAGAGGGAGGAAUCUGAGCAUGGAUGGGAUGUGGUGGAUUCCAGUGACUCUGCAUCUCAGCGUCAGGAGGAGCUCCCCCCUCCUCCGCUGCCUCCCGGGUGGGAGGAGAAGGUGGACAACCUGGGACGGACCUACUAUGUCAACCACAACAACAGGACUACUCAGUGGCACCGACCAAGUUUAAUCGAUGUGGGCUCGGAGUCGGACAACAACAUCAGGCAGAUCAACCAAGAGGCGGCGCACAGGCGGUUCCGCUCCCGGCGGCACAUCAGCGAGGACCUGGAGCCGGAGCCCAUGGAGAGCGGAGACAUUCCGGAGCCUUGGGAAACCAUUUCGGAGGAGGCAGGUGCCAGCGGAGAUUCCCUGAGCUUGUCCCUGCCGCCCCCUCCGUCGUCCCCGGUGUCCCGAACCAGCCCGCAGGAGCUGUCCGAGGAGCUGACCCGCCGGCUCCAGGUCGCUCCCGACUCCAACGGGGAACAACUCAGCUCUUUGAUUCAAAGAGAUCCUUCCUCAAGACUGAGAUCCUGCAGCGUAACGGACACAGUUGCCGAACAGUCUCAGUUAUCCUUGCAGAGUGGUCCAUCUAGGAGAGCUCGUUCUUCAACUGUCACAGGUGGUGAGGAAGCAACGCCGUCCGUGGCCUACGUGCACACCACGCCGGGCCUGCCCUCGGGCUGGGAGGAGAGGAAGGACGCGAAGGGACGGACCUACUACGUGAACCACAACAACCGCACCACGACGUGGACGCGGCCCAUCAUGCAGCUCGCGGAGGACGGCUCGGCCGCCUCGGCCGCCGGCAGCACCAACCACCUGAGCGAACCGCAGAUCCGCCGGCCGCGCAGCCUCAGCUCGCCCACCGUGACCCUGUCGGCGCCGCUCGAGGGCAUGAAGGACUCGCCGGUGCGCCGGGCCGUGAAGGACACGCUCUCCAACCCGCAGUCCCCCCAGCCCUCGCCCUACAACUCGCCCAAGCCGCAGCACAAGGUGGCGCAGAGCUUCCUGCCGCCGGGCUGGGAGAUGCGCAUCGCGCCCAACGGCCGCCCCUUCUUCAUCGACCACAACACGAAGACGACCACCUGGGAGGAUCCACGGCUGAAAUUUCCAGUGCAUUUGAGAUCAAAAGCUUCUUUGAAUCCUAAUGAUUUGGGCCCUCUUCCUCCUGGUUGGGAGGAAAGAAUACACCUGGACGGAAGAACGUUUUAUAUCGAUCAUAAUAAUAAAAUCACGCAGUGGGAAGACCCCAGGCUGCAGAACCCAGCGAUUACUGGCCCAGCAGUCCCCUAUUCCAGGGAGUUCAAGCAGAAGUACGACUACUUCCGCAAGAAGCUGAAGAAACCCGCUGAUAUACCAAACAGAUUUGAGAUGAAGCUGCACAGAAACAAUAUUUUCGAGGAGUCCUACCGAAGAAUCAUGUCUGUGAAGAGACCCGACGUGCUAAAAGCCAGGCUCUGGAUUGAGUUCGAGUCAGAGAAAGGACUUGACUACGGUGGUGUGGCCCGAGAAUGGUUCUUCCUCUUGUCCAAGGAGAUGUUUAAUCCUUAUUACGGUCUCUUUGAGUAUUCAGCAACGGACAACUACACGCUUCAGAUUAAUCCUAACUCAGGGCUUUGUAAUGAAGAUCAUCUGUCAUAUUUCACGUUUAUUGGACGGGUUGCUGGUCUGGCAGUGUAUCACGGGAAGCUGUUAGAUGGCUUCUUCAUCAGACCCUUCUACAAGAUGAUGCUGGGGAAGCCAAUAACCCUGAAAGACAUGGAAUCAGUGGACAGUGAAUACUACAACUCCUUGAAGUGGAUCCUGGAAAACGACCCUACAGAGCUGGAUCUCAUGUUUUGCAUAGAUGAGGAAAACUUUGGACAGACGUAUCAAGUUGACUUGAAGCCAAAUGGGUCAGAAAUUAUGGUAACAAAUGAAAACAAAAGGGAAUACAUUGACCUCGUCAUCCAGUGGAGAUUUGUAAAUAGAGUUCAAAAACAGAUGAAUGCCUUUUUGGAGGGAUUCACAGAGCUUCUUCCUAUUGAUUUGAUAAAAAUUUUUGAUGAAAACGAGCUAGAGCUGCUCAUGUGCGGCCUCGGGGACGUGGACGUCAACGACUGGAGGCAGCACACCAUCUACAAGAACGGCUAAUGCCCCAACCACCCCGUCAUCCAGUGGUUCUGGAAGGCUGUUUUACUGAUGGACGCCGAGAAACGGAUCCGAUUACUGCAGUUUGUUACCGGGACGUCACGCGUGCCUAUGAACGGAUUUGCUGAACUCUACGGUUCAAAUGGUCCUCAGCUGUUUACAAUAGAGCAAUGGGGAAGUCCUGAUAAACUGCCCAGAGCUCACACAUGCUUUAAUCGCCUAGACUUACCUCUUUAUGAAUCUUUUGAAGAUUUACGAGAGAAGCUACUUAUGGCAGUUGAAAAUGCUCAAGGAUUUGAAGGAGUGGAUUAAAACAACUACCUUUUUUCCCCUUCAAGCAAGUUCUGCUUGCACUUUUGCAUUUGCCUAACGGACUCUGAGUGACUAUGGCAGAACAGUUGCACAAUGUUGGUUCAUGGAGCAAACACUUCUACAGUGCAGUUGCCUAAAUUCAGAAGUUUGAACUAUAACCUGUGGAUUGUUUUUUCUGACAUUUCCGCAGCAAAUUACCAACUGGUUAACAUGUACUCUGAUUACAUUUCAGCAAGACUUGUUCUAUUUAUGUUGUGCCUCUGUAGGCAAAGCCCUUAAUAAAUAUUUUACAUAAUUUC